AUGCAGAGCGGGGUGGAGUCGAGCACGGUGGAAGCGAUUCUCGACGAGUCCACCCCAGUGUCGAGGCUCACCGAGUCGCCGGCCGUCGUCACGCCGAGGUCGUACUUCCCGGCGCCGUUGGUGGCCAGGGAGCGAGACCACCUCGGCGUUGGUGAGUCGACUCAGAUCCGGCGCGCCGGCGGCCUUGAACGCCUCGUCGUUGGGCGCGAACACGAGGAGGUCGUUGAACAGGCUGUACUCAGGGUAGGCGGAGAGGAUCUCGGUGAUGUUGGUGGCGGAGGCAGCGGCGGCGAGGAAGGCGGCGACGGCGAGGAGAGAGAGUGUGAGGGAGGAGGCGGCCAUUGUUUGGGACAGAUUUUUGCUUCCAAUUAG